AUGGCUCAACAACCUCAUUCACUCAAAAUUCUCGCCAUAGGUUCUCCCUUAUCGGAACUGACGACUCUUAUAGCUAAGAUUACAGCUAUAAACUCCAAACACGGUCCAUUCGAUGCGUGUGUUAUAGUUGGUGAUCUGUUCAAAGAAGGAAGUGAUGGAUCCGAAGUUGGAGGUCUAAACUUCCCCGUCCCUACAUACUUCACCGUUGGCAGAUAUGAAUUACCAGAUCAAGUCAAAGAUCAAAUAACCAAGACUGGUGGUGAAGUAGCAAAUAAUCUAGUUUACCUCGGUAAAUCAACGGUCCUGACCACCGCUCAAGGUUUGAAGAUAGCUUGCGUAGGAGGACAAUUCACUGAAGAAGGCUAUGACACAAAAGGAGAUCAAUUCUCGCCUGUCAUUUCGAAGGAUUCGAUCUCGAGUAUCCUCUCACAUCCCAUAUUAUCUGGAUCUCUCAAUAACCCAUCCGAGUCCCUCUCAUCUGCCAAAGCAUCGGCAUCAGCCCUUCCUUCAGCAUUUCAAGGUGUCGAUCUCCUACUUUUCUCUUCCCCUCCGCCUCAUCUCUCGACCCUUUCACCUUCGUACCCCUCUUCGGGAGUAUCGAUUGCCAAUUCUGCCCCACCACUAGAAGAAGUAGUACGAAGAGCUAAGCCUAGGUACCUUUUAUGGGGUGAUGGAGAAGGAUUCUGGGAAAGAGAACCUUGGGGUUGGAAUGGUCCCACAGGUAAAGAAGAACGAUGGACUAGAGCUGUCAAGCUUGGUGCUUUAGGCGGUGAAGCUCCAUCAGGUGGAAAAAAAGCUAGAUGGUUCUACGCGUUCACUCUUCCUUCUCAAACGGCUACUUCUCCCUUACCACCGAAACCAGCAAACUCAACACCUUGUCCAUUUGCGAUGCCCUCCACACCAGGAGGCUCAGCGUCAAACGGAAAGAAAAGAGCUGCACUGGAAGAUCAAAACCACAUCUUCGGUGGGCAGAGUACUAAGAGAGGUAGAACAGAUGGUGGAGCGCCUCCUGACAGCUAUAUAUGCAAGAUAUGUGCUCAACCUGGGCAUUGGAUCCAAGACUGCCCUCAAAAGAGCGGAAGGGAUGCGAAAGAUCACUCCAAACCACCUUCGGGAUAUGUUUGCAAAAUAUGUCAAUCUUCUGAUCACUUCAUCAAAGAAUGCCCGCAAAAAGACGAAAAGCCUCGUGGACCGAAACCGCCUCCUCAAGGAUACGUGUGUCGAGCAUGUGGUAUUGCAGAUGCCCACUAUAUCAAGGAUUGUCCUGUAGUGCUCGAGAGGGAAGAAGUCAAAUCCAAGAAGAAGGAGUUGGGACCCGCAGAAUGCUGGUUCUGUCUAAGUAAUCCUAAAGUCACCAAACAUCUGAUCGUCGCAAUUGGCUCUGAAACAUAUGUCACUCUUCCUAAAGGUCAACUAAUCCCUACGUUGCCCAAACAUAUUGCUCAAGGAGGCCAGAAACCACUUGUGCCCGGCGGUGGACAUGUGCUGAUUAUUCCAAUCGCUCAUCACCCCACCCUCCUUUCCAUCCCAGCGGAAGAUGCAAUGUCUAUCAUUUCCGAACUUGAAGGAUUCAAAUCAUCCUUGAGAGCCUGUUACGCGUCGUACGGAGCUGUUCCAGUGACAUUUGAAGUAGGACGACUUUCAGGUAGAGGUGGACACGCUCAUGUUCAGAUCCUUCCUAUACCUAAGGAUUUAGCGGACAAAGUGGAAGAUUCGUUCAGAAAGGCUGGAACAGCGCAAGGUUUCGAAUGGGAAGAAGAACCUGAAAGAGCUUUGGCUAGAAUCGGUCCCACAGGAAAUUACUUCAAAGUUGAAUGUCCUGAUGGAAAGAAACUAGUUCACCUCUUAAAAGGAGGCUUUGAUUUACAAUUCGGAAGAAUGGUUAUUGGUAGUCUGUUGGGAUAUCAUCAUCGAAUUGACUGGAAAGAAUGCUCUCAAAGUGAAGCUGAAGAUAAAGAAGAUGCUCAAAAGUUCAAGAAGGCUUUUGCACCUUUUCACUCUUGA